GUAGUAGUAGGAAUAUAUAUAUAUAUAUUGGACCACUAAAAAUUCUUGAUAAACUGAAACAUACUUUACUAUUAUUCUUCAUCAAUGGAAGGUGUGAAAGAUUUGAAGACAGAAUUAGAGGUGUUGAGAGAGACUUUUAGGUCUGGGAAGACAAAAGAAGCAUCAUGGAGGAGGUCACAGCUUGAAGCUUUGCUCACUCUCCUCAAGGAAAGAGAAGAUGAUAUCUUCAAGGCUCUUCAUCCAGAUAUUUGGAAACAUCCUGCUGAGGCCUACAGAGAUGAGAGUGGGACGUUGACAAAAUCUAUAAAUUAUGCCUUGGGAUGCUUAAAAGAAUGGAUGUCAAGCAAAAAGGCUAAAUUACCUCUAGCAGCAUUUCCUGCUACAGCAGAAUUGGUUCUUGAGCCUCUUGGCCUUGUCCUUGUUUUCUCGUCUUGA